ACCUAUGAACAACUAGAAGAAGAGGAGGAGUUGAGUUAUGAUAAGCAACUAAAAGAAGAGGAGGAAUUGAAAGAAGAGUUGAGUUAUGAUGAACAACUUGAAGAAGAGGAGGAGUUAGUUAUAAAGAAUAACUUGAAGAAAGGAGUUGAGUUAUAA